UUUAACGUUACGUAACGACUCUAAAAUGUCAGCAAAGUACAAAUAAACCGAGCAAAAGUUACUAAGCUAAUGUAAAAGAGCUUAUAUCAGCUUUUUGAACGACACAAUGGGCACUUCUGAGGAGAGAAAUGACCAGAUGCAGGCAGAAGACCAGAGUUUAUUUCUCAGUGAUGUGUCAGAAGAGGAGCUGGAUGAGGCCAGGAGAAAAAGCACCUUCCAGCAGCUUUUUGGCUCCAGUAAAAUCUUUUUGGCACCAGGAGAGAAGCGCCCUCAAAAACCAGAGCUACAGGGGAGCCUCAUCAUUCAGAGCAAGGCUGCAGAGCAUUACACAAAUGGAAACGAGGCAAUGGCAAAGUCCCAGUAUGAGAAGGCUGUGAUCUGCUUCUCCAAAGCCAUCACUUUGCAGCCAGAACAGACUCAGCUGUAUGUGAGCCAGGCGGAGGCCUACCUGCAGCUGUGUGACUUCCAGUCAGCAGCAGCCUGUUAUAAACGGGCUUGGCUCCUGGAGCCCGGAGUCUACAGCGCCCGCUUGGCCUUCAUCUACUAUCUCCAGGGCCAGUGUUUGUUAGACCGAGGCCUUUUCCUAGAGGCUCUGGAGGCCUUCAGCAAAGCUGCUGAGGUGAAGCCCGGCUGCAGGGCCUACAAGGUCAGAAGCUUGGCCUGUCUGACAGCUGCAGGUCAUCACGCUGAGUGUCUGAAGCUGGUGAACGACUGGAUGGUGUCAGAUGGUCCCACCUCUGACCUUUACAUCCUCAGAGCCAGACUGCACAAACUGCUCAACCAGACAUCACGAUGUUAUCAAGACGUGAAGUCGGCGUUGGUGUUGAACCCAACGUGUCCGGAGGCCAGAGGCCUGCUGCUGCAGCUGCAGGAAGCCGGUGAACAGGCCAGACAAAAGGCCGUGGACAGCGCUUUGAUUGGCCAGCUGCCGGAAGCCCUCUGCAUGAUAAAUGUUGCUCUGCAGAACUGCCCGCAGGACGGACGCCUCUACCUGUUCAGAGGGAUUCUGUACCGACGUAUGAAAGACUUCACAGCAGCCAUCGAGGAUCUGGUCCAGGCUGUGGAGCUGAGCGAGGAGGGGGAGAAUGAUUUCAGAGGUCAGGCGGAGGCCAGAGACGAGAAGGACGAGCGUGACUCUGUGCAAGAGGAGGUGCAGUUUCAGCUGGUUCUCACCUACAAUGAUUUUGCUGUUCAGUGCUUCAGCAGAGGCCUCUACAGUGAGGCGACUCUGCUUCUCAACAAGGCCAUCGAGGAGGAGAAGGGCCAGGCAGGCCUGUACCUGAACCGAGGAGACUGUUUCUAUAAGCAGGGUGAGUGGUGUUAUGCUCUGGCCGACUACCAGCAGGCUGAGGAGAUGAUGCGACCUGAUGACCCUGCUGUCCGGCUUCGCCUCGCUGUCCUCCACAGCACGCUGGGCUCUUUCUGUUUCCAGGAUGGGCUUUUCCCGGAGGCAGCUGAGAUGUUUUCUCUGGCCAUCCAGUACAACCCCAAAGCUAGUCAGUACUAUGAGAACAGAUCGAAGGCCUUCAGAAAGCUUCUAAACUUGGAGGGAGCCAGAAAGGACUUCAUCUGCAUGAUGAUCCUGGAUCCCACCAGCGAGGAGCUGCCUCCUAUGCUCAUGAAUCUGUUCCCUGGCUGCAGCGUGUCUGAUGUUUUGUCCAGUCCAGCAGGGAAAGCAGUCAGAGUUCAGCUGAUGGACACCAUCCAGGCCUGCUGCUCCUCCUCUGAUCAACAAAGACUGAGUGAGAAGCUGCAAAAGAUGACUCUGACCAAUGAGAACACGGCGAGCCAAUCAGAAGACCCAUCUGAAGCAGGAAAGGCAGCUGGCAGGCAGCUGAAGUUGUGUGUAAACGAACAGGAGAUGCAGAUAAUUGUGAAAAGCCUUCUGCAGGUUAAGGAAGCGGUUUCGAACGUUUCUCCAUGACUGUCCAACUGUGCACCACACUGGGCCACACAGUGGCACAGGACCAGUCUGCCUUUAGACAUGAGAGGAGGCCAUACUACAACAAGAGAUUUGGGUGUUCUGAGGUGUGAGUCCACGUCUCAGAAAUGAUAGCAGAAUUACGCUUUUAUGUGAACAAACUAUUCAAAUAAACUAUAAAGACAAACA